AUGCACAGCUUGGGUGGCUGCAAGGCUAAAGAGUUCUGGAUGAAGGAAAUGAUUAACUUAACCUAUGACGGGUGCGGAAUGGCGUCUUGGAAGUACCAAUAUCAACCUGUGACGCCGCUGAAGCACGGGUCUGGGCUCUGCUGGCUUGAGAAAGAUGAGGUCAAGACGUAUGAGGCAGAGGAUGGUGUUUUCGAAAGGUUCUGCUAUGAGGCGAUCUAUGAGAUUAGAAAGAAGGGAAGUAUGCGGUUUAUGGACGACACCGAGAGGAUCGGGUACUAUUGGACGGACUACAACCGCAAAGUCGCGUACUUAACUAACACUUUAAAGUACUUUGAUAUUGGCAUGGUUCACAUCUGGAUCAAAGCACUGCAGAACAUCACCCCCUGUCCGACAAAAGGCAAGUACGGCGACCACAUGAUUGAGGAUGAGAAAAACGGGCUCACUGAGGAGCUGUGUGUGAAGCAUCUCACUACGCUUCAGAAUAUGGAUUGCGCACAACCACUGGGGACAAGCCAGGGCGGACGGUACUGGGCCGAUUGCUUUGAAUGGGGUAUUGAGGCGAGCGGAUACAACGCUCGGAAGAUUUCCAGUAAAGGCUCUGGCUUGAUAGAGCGAUUCAAGCAGUUGAAGCCGGGGUGUCUUGAUCCCCUUAAGGUCUUCACCGUGACGUCUACGUUGGCUUGGGUUCUGUCAACACAAUCGGGAAGCUUAGGCAGGCGACGAAGCGCACUUAUUUGA